AAGGCAGACCGCUUAACCGACUGAGCCACCCAGGCGCCCACCACUUAUUGGUUUAAAAUGCUCUCAUGGCUCUGAAGGUCCAGCUGUGUCACGUGGCAUAUCGGGCCCUUUGUGACUGGAGCCUCGAGGGCCUCUUUACCCGCUCUUCCCCUCCCCUCCCCCAGCCCUGAUCUGAUGGUAAGUGCUCCAGUAUCCCAGACUCUCGGUGGUUCCUCACCUGCAUGUACAGUUUCCUCUCCUAGGCCCUUGCUUCUGCUCCUGGGGAAGCCCCUGCUCCUUCUCCUUCUGCUAGAGCAGUUCCUGAGCUUCCACAGGGACAGAGGGGAAACCUUCCCUCCUCCUGACCUGGAGCCCAUCCACUUUGCUAUCUUACGUGCUGUCUUCUUUCAUCUUCCCCGCUCACUUUACUGAUAGACGCACUGAGGCUCAGGGAGGUCAGUGACUGUAAGGUCACCUUCAGUGCUGGAGACGGAACAUGAUGGCGCUGUGAGUUCGAGCCUGUUGCACACGGGGGCAGCUCCUCCAGGACGCUGUGUUGGGGUCUUAUUUAUCAGGUGUAGCGAGCAGUCUUGGACCCGUGUAGGCGAUCUGACCUUGCACCUCCUGUCUCUGUGGCUGGCCACACUGUCGCAUGCAUUCGGCUCAGAUAUGAGACUGCCAGGUUUCUCCAGGUGCUUUUGAGAUUGGGCCUCCACGAUGGGUCUCCAAACACCAGCCUGCUUUUUUCUGUGCUCUUGUCUUUAGGAGCCGGGUGUGGGCUGAGCCCUGCCUGAUCGAGGCUGCCAAGGAGGAGUACAGUGGGGUGAUAGAAGAAUUUCUGGCUACAGGAGAGAAACUUUUUGGACCCUACGUUUGGGGAAGGUAUGACCUGCUCUUCAUGCCACCAUCCUUUCCGUUUGGAGGAAUGGAGAACCCUUGUCUGACCUUUGUCACCCCCUGCCUGCUGGCAGGGGACCGCUCUUUGGCCGACGUCAUCAUCCACGAGAUCUCCCACAGUUGGUUCGGGAACCUGGUCACUAAUGCCAACUGGGGUGAAUUCUGGCUCAAUGAAGGUUUCACCAUGUAUGCGCAGAGGAGGAUCUCCACGGUCCUCUUCGGCUCUGCUUACACCUGCUUGGAAGCUGCAACUGGCCGGGCUCUGCUUCGGCAGCACAUGGACAUCACUGGCGAGGAACAUCCGCUCAACAAGCUCCGCGUGAAGAUCGAACCAGGUGUGGACCCAGAUGAUACCUACAACGAGACUCCCUACGAGAAAGGCUUCUGCUUUGUCUCAUACCUGGCCCACUUGGUGGGUGAUCAGGAUCAAUUUGACAAUUUUCUCAAGGCCUAUGUUAAUGAAUUCAAAUUCCAAAGUAUCUUAGCUGAGGACUUUCUAGAAUUCUACUUGGAAUACUUCCCUGAGCUGAAGAAAAAGAAUGUGGAGUCCCUUCCAGGUUUUGAGUUUGAUCGGUGGUUGAAUACCCCGGGCUGGCCCCCCUACCUCCCUGACCUCUCCCCUGGGGACUCACUUAUGAAGCCCGCUGAAGAGCUGGCCCAGCUGUGGGUGGCCAAGGAGCUGGACAUGAAGGCCAUUGAAGCUGUGGCCAUUUCUGCCUGGAAGACCUACCAGCUGGUGUAUUUCCUCGAUAAGAUCCUCCAGAAAUCCCCUCUCCCUCCCGGGAACGUGGAGACCCUCAGAGAGACAUACCCAAAGAUCUCAGACUCCCAGAACGCGGAGCUCCGGCUCCGAUGGGGCCAGAUUGUCCUUAAGAAUGACCACCAGGAGGAUUUCUGGAAAGUGAAGGCAUUCCUGCAGAGCCAGGGGAAGCAGAAGUACACUCUUCCGCUGUACCACGCAAUGAUGGCUGGCAGCGAGGUGGCCCAGACCCUUGCCAAGGAGACCUUCAUCGCCACUGCCCCUCCCACCCCGGCUCCACCACAAUGUAGUCAACUACGUCUAACAGAUCGUGGCGCCCAAGGGCAGUUAGAGGCUCUGGGCCUGGCUUCUGCCUCUUCAGACUUUGCAGGCUUUCAGAAUACUGUUCCUAAAUUCCAGUUCUCCAGUCAAAUUCCUGAAGUUUACACACCCUUGGGGAAAUCUGGUCUCUGGGCUUGGUGUCUGUGACUCUUGGGCCUCUGCUCUGGUGGAAACUUCUCUGGACCAGCAAGUCCUAAGACCAGAGAACCUUCCACAGCUCUCUGCUGGCUUUGGUGAGGGCGGGCAGUCUUCUCCCUCCUCCCUGCUGUCUGGGAAGAUCAGAGAUUUUCUUAUGCCUCCCUUCCCCUCUCUUUUCCCUCCCCUUUUCUUUUCUUUUCUUUUCUUUUCUGAUUCUUGAAGUACUAUGCAAAGGGCUGCAUUCUGGUAAUUCAUUUUUUCAGGUUUAAUCUUUAUUUUAAUAAAUAUUUUUAAAUGAAAA